AUGAAUCAAAAGGCAUUCAAGGAUUUGGAUGAAGCAAACGUUGAAAUCGAAAGACUUGUUGAAGAACUAACAGGAAAGACGGAUUCACUUGAUAACUUGAAGAGAUCGCACAAUGAAAAAGUCAACGAAAUACGAGAAGCAAAGCUCAAAAUCGAGGAAAUGGACCUUGAGAUUCUUCAGAAGGAAAGCGAAAUCAAGGAUUUCAAGCAAGAUUUGAGCUCCAAGGAGUCUAUCAUCAAAGAUCUAAGCGCCGAAAACGAGAAGCUCCGGGCCGAAUUCGACAACCGGCGUAGAAAUUGGGAAGAUGAGAAGAGACAGUUGGCGUUGGAAUUAGAGAAGGCUAAUGUGAAGCUGGAGAAUCAAGAAUUGCAGCUUAAUGUGUUCAAACAAGAGAUUGAAACCCUAGAAUGGUGUCUUGAGGCUUCAAACAAGAAAACCGGGGGCCAAGAAAGUGAUGACGUGGAAGAACGAUUUAAACAUCUACAGGGGGUUCAUGAACAACUUAAAGGAGAGUUCAAUUCAACUAUGAAAGGUUGGGAGUUGGAAAAAGCUAGAUUGCUCUACGAAAUCUCUUCCUUGCAGGGCAAGUUAGAGUCUCGGAUGAAAAUCUCAGAGGAUCUGCAAAAUCAGUUACAUAUAUGCAAACAAGCCCUCGCUUCUGCUGAAGAAAUUCGAAGAAAGCGCCAUAAUGAAAAGAAGCAAGAGCAAGAGCAAGAGCAAGAGAAUCCGAGAUUGCAAACGUCCCUUAGAGAAAUUCAGGAUGAUCAAGUUCAAGAAGCAGGACAAUAUUCUCUGUCGAAGCUGCGGUCCGAGCUUAAAAUUUUGGAAGAGAUUCAUAGAGAGUGUGUUUCAAAGUUUAAGGCUAGACAAGCUGAAUGGAACUUUCAGCUAGAACGUUCGACGCGGGCCAUAACAAACUACCGGUCUCAGUUGAUAUAUAAAAUUGCAGAGGUUGAAGAUCUCAAGAUGGAAUUGGAAGGUUCUUAUUCUUUUAGUAUUGAGAUGAUGAUGCUGAAUGAGGAGCUAUCUGUGACGCUGAUAGUGUUGAAAAGUGGAAUUUAUGAUGCUAAAUGGAAGCCUUUCAGAGAGGGCCAUGAAAUGGAAGUAGUAAACCAGAGUGGAGAAGACAAGUUACAUCAAUUGAUGAAGCAGUUUGAAAUGAAAAAUGGAGAAUGUGACAGAACAGCAUGUUUAACGAGGCAAGUUGAUUCUUGUGCUCUCCCUUUAGAUUUGCAGAACUUAGAGCCAAGUGAAAUUGAUAGGCACAGGGAUAUGCUGGAUUUACUCGAUGCUUGGGACAUGGUAAUAAACGAAUCGGACCAAACAUUAUGCGAAAUAACCGAAAUAGAGUAUGAGUUGCAAAUGUGGAAGUCAUUUGCUGAACGUUUGAAGACUGAUCUUGAUGAAAAUUUUGUAAUUCGUAAGGAGCUCGAAAGUUCGCUCCUUGCACAAGUAGAAUUUAGUGAAACCCUUAAACAAGAGAGAGAUAGCUUGGCUUCUCAAGUAGAACAGAAAACAAGAAGCAUAGAGUAUCUGCAGGAACACUUUGUCCGCUUGAAAGCAGAUAGCAUAGAAGAGGAGGACUCGAAUUUUGAGGAUGUACAAAAUAAGGUUGCUUUGAUGGCUGAAGCCAAAGAGCUUGAGGAACAAUCUUUUUCUUCGCAGCUUGCGAGUGAAGAGGUUGCUUUGAUGGCUCAAGCCAAAGAGCUCGAGGAAGAGAAUCCCAUGGAAGACAAAGCAUUUGAGAAGGAGAAUCCUAUAGAAGAUGAGUGCAGUAGCUCAUUGACACGUUUUUCUUCGCAGCUUGCCCAUGAAGAGGUUGCUUUGAUGGCUCAAGCCAAAGAGCUUGAGAGAGAGAUUCCUAUGGAUGAGGAGUUCAGUAGCACGUUUACAUCUUUUUCUAUUCCCAGGGAAGAGGUUGCUUUGAUGGCUCAAGGCAAAGAGCUUGAGCAAGAGAAUCCUAUGGAAGACGAGUGCAGUAGCUGGUCGACAUCUUUUUCUCUCCAUCUUGCCAAUGAACAAGCCGAAAUUAAGCUGCUCAGAGAAGCUUGCGCAAGGAUCACGGCAGCAGAGGUUCUAGCUGCGCUGGAAGUUGAAGAGAAGAAGUUGAUGAUAGCAGAACUCCAGGGAUAUAUUCGUUGCAUAGAACAGAAACUGGAAUUGCAGGAGGAAAAUUGCAGCCAAACAGAACAGCUUGCAUUGGAGAAUAGAAACUUGCAAGAAAAUUCUACAAUUUUGUCAUCAGAGAAGGAAAUUUUGUUGGCAUUUGUUCUUGGAUUGAGUGGUAAAUUGUGUGAUGAGUGCACCCUUAUUAAAGACACAAAACUAAUAGAAAUGUUGAGAAGCAUAGUGCAGUCUUUUGAGAAUGAUAGAAAGGGAGAUGAUGCACUUCUGGUAAAAGAGAACAUGAAGUUGCACCAUCCAACAGGGAUAAAGGAACCUGAAAUAAUUUCUAAUAUCUAA